UUGCCCUGGAAUUGAAAUCAUAUAUCAAAGUGAGGCAGGUUGCGAAGUCGAGCAAUUCUGGUCUUAUGUUUCAUUGUGAUUGAUCUGUUAAAAAAAAGCCUUGAAUCGAAUUGAUCAUGAGCAACCCCACCCAAUUUGUGUUCCAAGGGUCCAGUGUAUCAAAAUGUCUGGAUGGUACCCUAUAUUUAAGCAUUCCCUCUGUACUCCAUCACAGAUAUAUCCGUCGUUCCCAAACCAGUCAUCUUCAUCCCGAAACCACCCACCUCUUGGUUCAUUGUAACCAGAGUGAUGGGCGGGGCUUGACCCGGCGUACCAAAAAGAUUCUCUGCGCUCUAGCUGCUAGCAAAGUCUGGCUUCUACCCCAUCAAUAUAUUCUUGAUUCAUUGGCCGCGGGCAGGCUUCUACCAGAAUGUCAAUAUGACUUGGGCUCUAAUUGUACUGGAGCCCUCACGGAGCUCUACGUAGCUCCCCGUGAUAUCCGAUUAGGCGUGGAACAAUCUGGAGGUUUCUUUAAAGACUGGAAGGUGGUGGUGGUACUGCCAGAUUUGGAUAAACGGCGCCAAUACACCGAUAUUUUGACCUGUGGUGGCGCACAUGUUUACCCGUGGACACUUCAACACUUGGUGGAUAAUUCCAAAGAAUGUAUUGGUCGUCUCAAGAUGGUGGUCACCGAUCCGUCCUUGCUCUUGAACGAAAAAUUCCAAGAGUUUCUAAUGGCUGUGGGUGAGACUAUUCCCGUGGUGAGUUGCACUUUCAUUGAAGAAUUUCUCACAUCGGCCUCGAAUCCCAAUCCGGCCAUAUUUGACACCUUAUCUGAAGAUGUGAUUCAAAUGCACAUGGAAGAAAAUGCCAUGGCCGUGGAGGAGCCUUUCUACGAUAUUGAGCGAUUGGGAAGCCCUAAUUUAGGAAUCAGACCGGAUCACGUCAGAAUGAAGUUGAAAUUACCCUCGAGGUCCCUGGCUUCGCUUUUUAACGAGAAGUGUCAUUCACCAGAUUCGGAUGUUGUUGAGGUUAUACAACUGAAUGAGACUAAUCGCGUGGAAGAAGAGAUCCCCUCGAGUUUGGAGGCUAUUGAUUCUCCCCCUGACCCUCACAAUCACGUUCGCAUUCAAGACCGCACCACGUUCAAGGAUAAAAUCAAACGUUUGAAGGCCUUAGCCGACCAAUUGAGGCACGGACAUCCCAAAGAGCUCACAGCCAUUGAAUCUACCUCCGUACCAACGAAUAACUUUGACCGUUUAAUCUUGAAUAGUAUCAUCGCGGCCAAGGCCAACGCCAUGAAGGCCCAACUAGAGAGGCCUCCUCCCGAUCAAUUGCUUGGGUUGUUGGUCAGUCAGAAUGAAGACCACUGGGAUCCGUCCACGAUAGGUUCAAUCGUAUCUGAGAUCCGGUACCGAAACGAGAUAGUAGUGAGUAAGAGGCCACGACUGGAAGAACCCCACGAGACAGAAACGAAAUGUAUUUCAACGAAUGAGGCUUCAAUAUCGGAGAAACUUCAUCAAUCAGAGAGUGAAAGGGACCAACAAAGAGAAGCUCAAUCGAAGAAAUCAAGCUCUGCUAAGCUCUUGUCUAAAAGCAAAAUCAAUUCCUUGGUGAAGCUAGCCAUGAC